AUGUGUUGUGCAGACUGUCCGGACAAGAUGUUUGGUCCCACGUGUGAAAACACUUGCUCAAGGAGAUGUGUGCGCCAAGUCUGUCAAACUGACACGGGGAAAUGUUUAACCUGUCGGGAGGGAUACUCGGGUGACAGAUGCGAACAAGGAGGUGAGAAGUACUGGAUGGCCUAUGUUCUGGGCGUGUUUGUGGUGUUGCUUAUCAUCGUGUAUGGCCUCUGUUAUUUUAUCGAUACUAAAAGGAAGAGAAAGCCUCCACCAGUGACGCCGCCAUCGUCGCCCCCGCAGAAGGCUGAGGUGAUCUCAGCGAGCAGUGUUGCUGCGGGAAGCUCCAAUACCCUCGAGUCUACUUCUACUUAUUCUGACCAGAGUUGA